AUGAAUAUAGAUUAUAAGAAGUAUGGAGUCAUUGCUGGUGCAGUUGUAGGUACCGCUGUAGCAGCUCCAAUAGUAAUCCCGGCCGUCACAGUAGCAAUUGGUUUUGGUAGUGGAGGUGUGGUAGGUGGUACUUUUGCGGCAACAAUGAUGAGCAAACUAGGCACAUGCGCUGUUGUUAGCACACUUCAAAGUAUUGGAGCUACAGGUGCCAUUUCUGCUAGUAGUACUGCUGCUGCUUCUGUUACAUCUGGUUGGUUAACUAAUAAAUGGUGGAACUCUGGUACACAAUAA